AUGUCUAUGGGCCUCGAUGCUGCCCCCGGCGAGAUGCCAGGUGACCUAGGAACGGUGCUCCCAGAGACCAUGGCCACCCAGAGGCCGAUGGUGGACAAGAAGAAAAGGAAGGAGUGUGAAUCGGAGGGCUGCACCAUUGUCCCUGUGUUCAACUACCAGGGGGAGAGCUCUGGGAGAUUCUGCAAGGCGCACAGCCUGGAGGGGAUGGUGGAUGUGAAGUCUCGGCGGUGCGCGGCGGAGGGAUGCAAUAAGUACCCGGCGUUCAAUGUGCCGGGGGAGAACACCGCGCGCUACUGCGGCGACCACCGGCAGGCCGGCAUGAUCGACGUGCACAACAAGCGCUGCAAUUCCGAGGGCUGCAUAAAGCGCCCCACCUUCAACUACCCAGGCAAGGACACCUUCCUUGCCACCUCUGCACAGGGACAGGCCCUUUUGCACACCCCAUCAUUCGCCAUCCUGCUGGGACAGCAAAUCUGCUGGCACACGGCGGCGUACUGCGCGGCGCACAAGAUGGAGGGGAUGGUGAACAACCGGCACAAGAUUUGCCAGUUCCCCGGCUGCACCUCGCACGCCACCUUCAAGCACAUGGGCGACAUUCACGCAACCUUCUGCGGCCAGCACCGCGAGGACUCCAUGGUCCAGGCGCGCAGCCGGCAGUGCAAGGCGGAUGGGUGCGGCAAGCGGCCGGUGUUCAACUUCCCCGGGGAGCGGCUGCCGGUGUUCUGCCAGAACCACAAAGAGCCCAACAUGGUGGACGUCCUCAACCGCCUCUGCACCUACCCAGGCUGCAACAAGCUGCCGAGCUUCAACAUUCCGGGCAAGACACCGGCGGAGCGGUGCGGGAGCCACCGUGAGGAGGGCAUGGUCAACGUGCGCCACCGCGUCUGCCAGCACGACGGCUGCGGCACCGAGGCCAAGUACAACCACCCGGGCGAGCAGCAGGGCGCGUACUGCGGGCAGCACAAGCUGAAGGACAUGGAGCGCGUCAACACCCGCCGCUGCUCCAUGGAGGGCUGCGACAAGCGCGCAUCCUUCAACGUCCCCGGGCAACCGGCGCAGUACUGCGGGCAGCACAAGAGCAGCGGCAUGGUCGACGUGGCCAACCGCCGCUGCGAGGCCGAGGGCUGCCACAAGGCGCCGGCGUUCAACUUCCAGAACGAGAGCCGGCGGCGGUUCUGCGCGGACCACAAGGUGGAGGGCAUGGUCAACCUGCGCAAGAAGCGGCCGCGCCCAGAAUCCGACGCGCUCGCGCCCAUGCCCGGCACCGGCCAGCCCCAGGUGGACGAGUACAUCGGAGAGCCGCCGCAGCAGUUUGCGUACCCAGAGGAGGCCGCAGCGUACGCGCAGGCGGCGCAGCAGCAGGCCGCAGCCGCAGCCGCCGCGCAGAUGGACAACCAGGCGGCGCAUGCGAGCGCGGAGCAGCAGAUGGCGGAGAGCAUGGCGCAGGGCUUUGUGGGGGGACCGGGGGUGCAGUGGGGACAGUUCCCCUUCAACAUGGCCCCAGAGCACCUGCAGGCACUCGUCAACAGCGGCGCCCUCAACCCUGAGAUGCAGCACCUGCUGCAGCCCUCCGUCACCCAGCAGCCCAUGGCGCCGCAUGACCCGCAGCAGCACGCAGCGGCGGGAGGCUACCCAAUCACGCCGGAGAUGCUGGCAACGCUGCAUCAGAUGCAGACCGCGGCGGCGCCCGAGCAGGUGCCGGGAGCGCACGUGCACAUGCCGGCACCUGCCGGGGGCGUGGCGGCACCCGCCGCGCCAGAACAGGACGUCAUGAUGAGCCUGUCGACCCAGGAGCAGAUGGCCAACCUGGCCGCCCACAUGGGGCAGCACCCGGAGCACCACAAGCCCGACCAGCUGCAGGGCAUGAGCGCAGAGCAGCUGCUCUCAAUGGGCGGCUACCACCAGGGCUUGCAGCAGAUGGUCCCCGACCAGUCAGCCCCCACACACAUGGACCAGCAGCCACCUCAGCAGGACAUGACUCAUGCCUCGGACGGCGCGCCGCAGCCGCAUGCCCCCGUAACCACUUUGAAGUCGGAGGAGACAGGGGAGCAGCACAAGCUCAAGCUAUAUGACUUUCAGCCAGACGGGACCGGCAGACUGGCCUGGGCUGCUGCGAAGGAGGCCUUUGGUGCCGACCUGCUUGAACUUAAAGACGAGGGAACACCGGGGCUCCUACAGGAAGGCGACAGGAAAGGACUGACCAUAGACACCUACAAGCCUAGGGAGACCAUCCCUGUCAACGUCGGCCGCAGAGCCCAAGGUAUCCGCUUCCAGAAUUUCAUUGUCCACAGCCAUCGGUCCCAUAUAAAGGUCCGCUUGCCAGCGACCUGCUCUCACAGCGAAAUCUGCAGCAAGGUGGAGGAGGAGUGGCCCAUGCACCAAGCUGCCGACUACAACCUGUUUCACCAAGGGAAAGUUGUGCUUCAGGAGGAGUGGAACGGCUUUGUGCAAGCUUUGCCAGCGACCAAACCAGUGAAAUUGAAUGUUGUGCGGCUGGGCAAGAGCUUCUCCAAGUACAUGAAGACAGCAGGUCAUGAGUUAAGGGAGGUUUUGCAACGCGGACUGGGGGUUCAAGGAUCCACACCGGACCCAGUGCCUGAGGUGGAUCAAGAAUUCCCAGCCUACAGCCUGCCAAGUGAUGAGACGCGGAUAUCUGGUGACAUCACGCUGGGCGUGCUAUUGAAUAAUCUGGCGCAGGAUUUGGUGCACAAGCUCGCUGCAAUGGGUGACAUACAGCACGGCACCGAAUACACAAACAGGGAAUACAUAACCCCAGUGCUGGUCACGGCUGUAAUCAUUGUGCGUGGAAUCCGCCCUGCGGUGACUGCCAUCCAAGAGCGUCUCCUGUUGCGUCCAGAGCAGGCGGUGCUGGGCAGGCUGGCAUGGGGCCCCGUCGACUAUGUCAUCUUCUACCGGCUAUUCAUGAUCAUUGUGACUGAGGCAAAGCGGAUUCACAUCGAGCAUGCUUUGGCGCAGCAUAUCAUGCAAGUGGCAGCGGCACGGGACACGCUGGCACGCCAGGUGGAGCAGUGGAAGAGGGAGCACAAUGCACGGCGGAAGCGCAGGUUUUGGGAGAUGUCGGAGCUCAACGAUGUGCCGACCGAUGGCAUUUUGUCUACGGGCAACUACUGGAUCCUCACGCGCUUCAUCCCCAGCAAGGAUAGCAAGCCUGCCCAAUUCAUCAAGAGCAAAUGUCUUGCUUUGGGCUUGAUCCCUGCCACAGACUGCACCGUUACCAAGCUUGUACCAGAGCUGCGUGUGCUUGUGGCUCGCAUUGUGCAGAUGAUGCUGAGCCAAGUUGACAUUGUGGACUCAGCGCGGAGUCAUGUGGCUGCGCUGAGGGAGCUCACAACAGAUCCUACAGGCUCAGAUUGGCAGCAGUGA